CUCACGUUCCGGCGCUCGGUUUUGACGUAUUUCCGGAGCUUCUACGCCAGUGCUCUGUGUUGCGGGGGGCUUCAGUGCUUGUGGGUGCUAUAACUGUAUCCUCGAUCAGCGAUCUGAUAGUGCCAGCCUUUGAGCCUAGCGCCAUGGGAGUGACUUGUGUGUCCCAGAUGCCUGUGGCUGAGGGCAAGAGUGUCCAGCAGACAGUGGAGCUCCUCACCCGGAAACUGGAGAUGCUGGGGGCAGAGAAGCAGGGGACGUUCUGUGUGGACUGUGAGACAUACCACACGGCUGCCUCCACUCUCGGCAGCCAAGGUCAGGCUGGGAAGCUGAUGUAUGUGAUGCACAACUCUGAGUACCCACUGAGCUGCUUCGCCCUCUUUGAAAACGGCCCUUGCCUCACCGCUGACACCAAUUUUGAUGUGCUCAUGGUGAAGCUCAAGGGCUUCUUCCAGAGCGCCAAGGCCAGCAAGAUCGAGACCCGGGGUACCCGCUACCAGUACUGUGACUUCCUGGUGAAGGUGGGGACAGUCACGAUGGGGCCCAGUGCACGGGGCAUCUCCGUGGAGGUGGAGUAUGGCCCCUGUGUGGUGGCCAGUGACUGCUGGAGCCUGCUGCUCGAGUUCCUGCAGAGCUUUCUAGGCAGCCACACGCCAGCGGCUCCUGCCGUGUUUGGGAACAAACAUGACGCUGUCUAUGGCCCAGCAGACACCAUGGUGCAGUACAUGGAGCUCUUCAACAAGAUCCGCAAGCAGCAGCAGGUGCCGGUAGCUGGGAUUCGGUAGUGACUGGCAGUGCCAGCUGAGCCAUGCCAGGGUCCUACCGAGGAGCCGAGGCCUCCCUCAGGGCCCAGGGCCCAGGACCAGAGAGAUGCGGGACCUCCUCUCCCUCUGUGCCCCAGCCUGGGCUAUGUUAUGGGCUCUGCACAGCCUCCCUCCCCUUGGGCGCUUCCCCAAAGCCUCCAGCAGCUGCUGAAUGGGAUUUGGCCUGUCCUCAAGAAUAGUAAUUAGAAGGUGUGGAGACACUUGGCCCUUUGCUGCUUUAGGGGAAAGGUAGGACAGGACCUCCCUGCCCCAGCUUGGAGGGUUUGGCCUGGGCCCGGGGCUGCGCUGUGCUCCACUACGUGUGUGGCCGUGCUGUGCUGAGCCCCUCCUGGAGGUAGAGGGGGGCCCAACUGAUAGGGUGGUUCUCAUUUUGUGACCUGCUUGCUGCAGUGAUUGGGGGAACUGACUUUCCAGAGGUGUGGCCUGAGUUCUUUGAGCUCUCCUGAUACCUUUCCCUGUGGUUUUGAAUUAUGUGAAUCCACAGGCUAAAUUAUCGUAACAGAAUCAGAAGAAAGUGGCUUCUCACUAGAUAGAAGUUUAGCUUUCCCCCCUCUCUCUUUUUUUUAAAUGUCUUUUUGAGACAGCGCAGUUCAGGCCAGCCUUGAGCUCACUUUGUAGCCCAGGCUAGUCUCUGAAUUUGCAGUGAUCCCUCUGCUGCAGCCUCCAGAGUGCAGGGAUUACAUGUGUGUGUCACCAUGCCUGUUAACAAUGUGCCCAGUUUAGCUUCUCUUGUUGACAGUUCAGAGGUUAGCAAGAGGCCAAGGUAAAUUUAAUUCUGCACGGUUAUCAGGUGCUCUGUUUUCUUACUCAACCUCCCCUAGGACACUGGCCUUACGCACAAAGCCAGAGCAGGCAUACAAGUUCCAUGUCCGCAUUCCACUGCAGAAAUAGAAAAGCUCACUUCUGCCCCUGUUCCACUCCUCCCUUCCCUUCUUCUCAUGCUAGAGAUUGAAACCAAGACCUUCCCACUGAGCUACAUCCCCAGCCCUUUUUAAAUAUUUUUAUUUUGGGACAGGGUCUUGCUAAACUGUUAAGUUGCCCAGGCUGGGCUUGACCCUCAAAGUGCUGGAUUUCAGUGUACCCAGCUAGCAUUUCUUUUCUAAUGGCGUGUGACCUAGAGUGCUCAAAUCAUUGUGGCCACACUUUGGUGAAAGGUAUGCCCUGGUCUGGGCAGCCAUGUGCCAGGUGAAACUUGAGGGGUGCUGUGACUAAAAGAUGAAGGACAAGCAGGGUGUGGUGAUGCAGGCUUGUAAUCCCAGCAUUGGGGAGGCUGAGGCAGGAGGAUGGCUGCAAGUUUGAGGCCAGCUUAAAGUGCAUAAUGAGACCUUGUCUCAGCAACAACAAAAAAGAUGAGACUCUAGGAACGGAGGCCCAGUGAGUGACCUCUGCUCCGUGGAACUCAGCAGACACACCCAGGAAUGCAUUGGCAGCCAUUCUGCAGUCUUGUUAGCCGGGCUGGGAUAAGGACCGAGCCCAGAGCCACUGUGAGCUUAGCAGGAUUAGUCACAGUGGGGAGUUGGCUCUGCACCCAGCCUAAGCUCUCUGCAGCCCUCACAGCUCAGAAGAGUGGCUGAGCUUGACCCCUGCACCAGGAUUUGUGGUUUCUUGGGUUCUUUCUGCAGGCGUCCUUUGAGCCUCCAAACGACUCCCUUGGCUUCCAUGCUCAUCUCCUUGUCUCCUGCUGCAGAAAUGUCUGGCCAAACAUUUGGAAUAUACAAAUGGUCUUGUCAAAGCUUUUUUCAUGGGUUAGGGGUUGUUUGUCUUACACAGUUCUGGGGAUCAAGCCUUAGCCCUUUUGUAGUUUUAGACAGAACCUUGCUAAGUUGCCCAGGCUGGGUUUGAAUUUUGCCACCCUCCUGCUUCAGCCUCCCAGGUGGCUGGAAUUAUAGUCACACGCCACCACGCCCAUUGCAAAAUUGUUGAUGUACCUGGUGCAGUCGUUAUCAAGGAUACCAUCCAUCCUUGCAGGCAUCUGAAGAGAAAUUGUUUUCAGGGCACAUACCUGGGACCCGAGUCAGGCACUGGUCAUGUUUCCCGUCUCGCUUUGGCAGGAAGCUCAGUUCCUCUUCCUCAUUGCAGGAUCUGUUAUUUGCCUUUUUUGUCCCUUCCCUGUUUUUGUUAUUUUGUCUUUACUCUUUAAAUCUUGAGGUAUGUUUUAGGCAUCAUUUGUAUACAACAAAUGCUCCAAUUUUAUGUUUUUAGUCUUCUGAUUUAUAUUUGCUCUUGUCCAGGUCUAUUUGUUUUUUACUUUAGGGAGCCUCAAGACUUGAGACACUGGGGAGGCUGGAUUUUGUGAGCUACAUGUUCUUACAAAUUGAAUGUGGGAAAUAAGGUACUUACUAUAAGAAGAGGCUUGGUUCCCUGCAACUGAAAAAUAUGCACAAUAUAAAAUUGUUUGUAUUUUGCUUUUUAGGCAUAGUCUUUAUUUACACAUGUCCAGCUUUUUUGACUCUUGUUUGCUUGUGUUUAAGCACAUACAUGUUUUCCGUUUUGUUUUCUGUUUUUGAGGGUCUUGCUGUGUAGUUCAGGCUGGCCUUGAACUUGCUGUGGUUACUGCCUCGGUCUCCCAAGCACUAGGAUCUCAGGCAUGCCACACUCUGGAGCACGUUUGGCCAGCCUUGAAGCCAGAGACUGACAAGUGAAGUUUGAACUAGCAUGUGGGUACUUUUGUCUGUCUUUGUCGUUUUGUGUCAAUGAAAGGAAAUGUACUAAAAGAUGUGAAUUGUUCCAUUUUCCAUGUGCACUGAGAGUGGUUCCACCCGAGGUUGCCAGGUGAACUCAUGAUUGGUGGGAAAGUCUGAAAGGGGCUUUCAUGAGUAGUUUAGGGGACAGUUGUCAGUGUGUCAUUUCUGAAAGUUUAGGUUUAAUGAAAAUUGGGUGCUGUUUGUAUAAAUUUAAGGGGGGAAGAGGAUAGUUACACCCAUUUUAUAAAUAAAAAAUCCUAAACUCAA